AGAUGCGUCAACCGCCUGCUAUCUGGAGGCCCGAGCACUUUGCUCUGAGAGGGAAGGAAGGAGGGUGGAGAAGUCAAUACAAGCUUUAAGAAAGGGUGGAGAGGACCAGACAUCCGAGAUUGUGGACAAUCACGUUGACGCUGUUGCAGCCGUAACUUUGUCUGUCACAGAGACAGACACAAGACCACCGAGAGCAAUGGGUUCGUGCACAGAUGAAGAAUUCAAAGAUAAAUUACUAUGGAAUGUGAAAAGAGAGGUGAAACAGAUCAUGGAGGAGGCGGUGACGAAGAAGUUUGUCCAUGAAGACAGCAGCCACAUCAUUGGCCUGUGCAGCACCAUCGAGGCGUGUCUGAGCCACCUGUUGAAACGGCGAGCGGCGGGCUUCCUGCGUAGCGACAAGAUCGGCGCCCUUUUCACCAAGAUCGGCAAGGUCAACGCCACGGCCGGAGAGGUGUGCCGGAAGGUCCAGGAGCAGCUCACACAGCAGGCAGAGGUCAUCAGAACCCAGAGGACCCAGCGUGUGGGUCAGGAGCCCCUGAAGAGGCAGGGGUCGUCGUCUGCAGGUCGCGCCCCCCAGCCCCUCUCCACUCAGGCCAUCAAGCACAUCUGGGUACGCACCGCCCUCUUCGAGAAGGUCCUGGACAAGGUCGUACAGUACCUCGUGGAUAACUCCAGUAAGUACUAUGAGAGGGAGGCUCUGAUGCAUGACUCAGUGUUUGGACCCAUCCUGGCAUGUCUACUGGUGGGUCCCUGUGCUCUGGAGUACACUAAGCUGAAGACGUCCGACCACUUCUGGACGGACCCGUCGGCCAACGAGUUGGUCCAGCGCCACCGGAUCCACAGGGCCCACCGAGGCCAGGCUUCACCCAGCAGGAGGCCCGCUCUGGGGAUCCAGAAGAGACAGUCCAGCGUCAGCAUGUCCGAGGAUAAGUUUGCGGCGUCUGCACGGGAAUACGUGGAAUCUCUUCACCAGAACUCCCGUACUCACCUGCUCUACGGCAAAAACAACGUCCUGGUCCAACCGAAGAAAGAAAUAGAGGUGUUGCGGGGGUACCUGUCUCUUCACCAGGCAGGGGACAACCUCACCUUGAAGUGGACCCCUAACCAGCUCAUCAACGGCACCCUGGGGGACUGUGACCUGGAGAAGAGUAUCUAUUGGGACUAUGCGUUGACCGUGCCUUUACGACAGGUUGUGUGCAUUCACUGUCACCAGCGACCGGACUGUGGUGGGACUUUGGUUCUGGUUAGUCAGGAUGGUAUCCAGCACCCCCCACUCCACUUCCCCCCCGGCGGCCACCUCCUGGCCUUCCUGUCCUGCCUGGAGACAGGCCUGCUGCCCCGCGGUCAGCUGGAGCCUCCACUCUGGAGCCAGAGAGGCAAGGGUAAGGUGUUUCCUAAGGUAAGGAAGAGGACCAGCACAGUCAGGCUGGUAGAUCAGGAGGGAGAGGAGCAGACAGCAGCUGACUAUGUGUUCCGUAUCGUCUAUCCUGGACACCACCACGACUCCACAGUGACUAUAAACUACCACCACACCACGGGCAGCCGUGCUCCCUCGCUGGAUGAUGAUGAAGAGGAAGAGGACAGACUCCAGGCUAUGAUCUCAAUGAUCUGUUGGCGGAACCUCACAGAUCCUAAUGUCAUGAAAGACCAUGGGGAGAUGAUGGACAUCCAGGGAGCCUAUACGGGAGGUAGCCCAUCGUCAUGGCAGCAGGCAGCAGAGUGCACCAGUCACAUGUCGUCAUGUCUGUGUUGCUCCACAAGGGGCAGUAAUGUCUCCUUGGAAUACCCAGCAGGCUGCACCUGCAUCCAUGACCGUAUCCCUCUGAAGAUGCUGUGCCAGAAUAUGAAAAGGCAGAUUGUGUCCAGGGCCUUCUACGGAUGGCUGUCCUACUGUCGACAUCUGUCCACGGUUCGUACCCACCUGUCAGCACUGGUCAGCCACAACAUUGUCCUUCCUGACAAACCUUGCGAGGCAUCGGGGGGACUGAGCAGUGACGUGUGGAAAAAGUACCAGAAAGACUGCAAGAACUAUAAGGAGUUGGAGUUGUUGUGGCUGGUGUAUUACGGAGGUGUACAGCAUGACAUCGGGAAGGAAGUCUGGCCCUUCCUGCUGGGUCACUACAAGUUUGGCAUGGGCAAGAAGGACAUGAGCCAGAUCGAUGAGAAGAUCGGUGCACGGCACCAGCAGGUGAUGAAGGAGUGGAAAGCCUGCGAGGUGGUCGUCAAGCAGAGAGAGAAAGAGAUGCAGUCGGCCAUCUUUGCUAAUCUGUCUUCAGGAAGCAGCAUAGAGAGCCAAGUCCUCAGACACAGAGACUCCACUCUCUGCAAUGAGGUGUUCAUGUCAGUGGAUGAGCCCGACGCAGUGGCGGGGGGGCAGGAAACCCCAGGAGGGGGGGGGAGAGACAGCCCCGGCCACUCUACAGUGAUUCUCCCCACAGCCAGUGGGGCACUAGCUCCUGAUGAGCGCCCCCUAGUGGAGUUUGACUCCCCUGACUCCGGGCACUCUCAGAUUCUCUCCUGUAUCGACGAUGGACAGAGCACGGAGGAGAAGGGGGGAGCCGGGCAGGAGGGGGGAGCAGGGGAGGAGGCUCGGCCACACUCGUACAGUGUGACGGAGGAGAAGGGGCGACAGGAUUGGUUGAGUGAGGAGAUGCUGUGCAGUCAGCCGGAUAAGUUGAUGACCAAUGAGAAUGGAGGAGUAGAGGGGAUGCCUUCACUCUCCUCCUAUACGAUUGAGCUGUUGGACACAGUGGCUCUGAACCUCCACAGGAUAGAUAAAGAUGUUCAACGCUGUGACCAUAACUACUGCUACUUUACGACCGCGAACCUGGAGAAACUACGCAACAUCAUGUGCAGCUAUGUGUGGGAGAAUCUGGAGAUGGGCUAUGUCCAGGGGAUGUGUGACCUGCUGGCUCCUCUCAUGGUCAUCCUGGACGAUGAGUGCCUGGCGUACAGCUGUUUCUCCCAGCUGAUGAAGAGGAUGAGCCAGAACUUCCCCAACGACGGAGCCAUGGACACACACUUCACCAAUAUGAGGUCCCUCAUACAGAUCCUGGACUCUGAGCUGUUUGAGCUGAUGCAUCAGAAUGGAGACUCCACCCAUUUCUAUUUCUGCUACCGCUGGUUCCUGUUGGACUUCAAAAGAGAGCUGCUGUACCAGGAUGUGUUCUCAGUAUGGGAGGUGAUCUGGGUGGCCCCUCACAUCUCCUCUCAGCACUUCGUCCUGUUCCUGGCCCUGGCUCUGGUAGAGGUCUACAGAGAGAUCAUCAGAGACAAUACCAUGGACUUCACUGACAUCAUCACCUUCUUCAACGAGAUGGCAGAACGUCAUGACGUGCAGCACAUCCUUCAGAUCGCCAGAGAGCUGGUGCGCAAGGUCCAGUCUCUCAUCGAGAACAAGUGAUGAAGAGGAGGAUGAACAGGGCAGGAGGAAGAGAAGGGUGAACAGGGCCAGAAGAGGAGAGGUAGAGAGGAGCCAGAUACCAUCCAUCCUCUGCAUCCAGCACACCUCCCUCUCUUACCCCUCUUUACACCUCCCAAACCUGUGGAAGAGACGGAGACGUGGGCCCUCUGUCCCUCCAGCCGGACCAGUGAAGGGUGAAGGCUCCAGGUUGACCAUCCUGGCCUGGAUGAAGGCUCCAGGUUGACCAUCCUGGCCUGGAUGAAGGCUCCAGGUUGACCAUCCUGGCCUGGAUGAAGGCUCCAGGUUGACCAUCCU